AUGUCUCUUGAAUUUGACAGAAGCUGGAUGUGGCAUCCGGGUUUCACGGAGGACCGCACCGACACGGCCGGCCUGUUUGUGCAUUUCAGAAAAGACCUGAACAUUUCAUCAAAGAUUCCUGCCUCUCUCACUCUGCAAAUCACAGCCGAUACACGGUACAAACUGUACGUGAACAGUCAACGAGUCGCCUUCGGCCCUAUCAAGGGAGACCAGAGUCUAUGGUUUUACGACGAUGUUGAUAUCGCGCCUUUCCUUCGGUCUGGUCGCAACCACGUCGCAGUUCAUGUCCUCCGUCUCUUUCAUGCCACAGCCUUUGCACCCUCCUUUGCACGGUCACAUUUCGGUGGGCUUCGAAUCGUGGUUCCAGAACAAUAUAGACACUGGGCAAGUCAGCUGGAAAGCAGUACCUCAUGGGAGACGGCAAUCGAUCCUUCUACCACGUUGCGAGUUGAUGAGCCGGAGGACUACUUCCUCCACAUUUAUGAGAAAACUUCGCGACAAAGAAGCGAGGCACCGGCCUUGAUCUGGAAGGCAGCCAUGAUCCGAGAAUUCAAGAACUCCACCGGAAAUGCGCUACCGUGGAAUCUCUCGCCACGCCUGUUGCCUUUCCAUAAGGUCACAAGAGCCCAUUGCUCAGCUAUUCACAAGGUUGAAAGCAUUAUCGCACCACAGCGGUGGGAGGCAGUUCUGACCGAUAGUUAUGAUGAUAAAAGUGGUCUGCUGCUCCCAGCUGGGACCAAGCAUAAAGUUAAUGUGGAAAUGCCAAACCAUACAACGGCUUUUCUCCAGAUUCGCUUCAAACGUCCUGUGACAAAUGACAGUGUGCUUCGGGUCGUAUAUUCGGAAUGUUACGAAGAUGAGCCCGAAUCAACACCGUGGGUGAGGAGAAAAGGCGAUCGACGCGAUUUGAGCAAGGCGCUCUAUGGUCCACAGGAUAUAUACCAGUUCCAAGGAGCCGGUGGCCUUUAUGGUCUGGGAUAUAACGAGCGUGAGGCCACCGAGGAAGUCUUCAUGCCCUUUCACUUCCGUACCUUUCGGUUCCUCAAUAUCCAAAUCGAUGCCGGCUCAGCAGAUCUAGUGCUUCUUGGUCUUGACAUCGAAGCAGUCAACUACCCUCUCGAGACUCAUGCUAGUUUCAAUGUUGAAUCCGGUACAUCGUCGGAGGAUCAGAUGUGGCAACAGCUGUGGGAUACAAGCCUUCGAACAUUGUCCAAUUGCAUGCAUGACGGUUAUGAGGAUUGUCCGUUCUAUGAGCAACUUCAGUAUGCCAUGGACGCCCGCAGCUCUUCCCUUUUCACUUACAGUAUAUCCGGCGACGAUCGCCUUGCAAGGCAGGCUAUCAUGCAACUACACGAUACCUUCCGGCCUCAAAUUGGCUUGACAGCAAGCCGGGCUCCAGCCCAUCGCCUGCAGUUCAUUCCGCAUUUCUCACUGUAUUGGAUUUGUAUGAUUGGAGAUCACUUGAUGUAUUUUGGAGACGUCCAAUUUGUUUCGCGGUUCCUACCGGUGGUUGAUGCUGUCUUAUUUUACUUUCAUUCUCGAAUCGAUAGCCAUGGACUGGUCACAUCAGAGGUGCGAUCAGGGAUCUGGAACUUUGUUGACUGGACUGAUCGGUGGAAGCCACAUGGGGUGCCACCAGCAAUUGAGCGAGUGGGCAUAUCGACUUUCACAAACCAGCUAUACGCAUACACGUUGUUCACAGCAGCGCAACUGGUAACUGCAGCUGGAAGAUUAUCUAUGGCGCAAGAGUAUCAAAGCCGGGCCAAGGAAAUUAUCGAGGCCGUGAAGGUACAUUGCUAUGACGGCGAGUUCUUUGCCGACACUUUGGUGACGGAGGCCAAGCCGGUCGACUACAGUUUGCACUGCCAGGUAUGGGCAGUCUUGAGCAGAACAAUUUCUGGGCCAGAGGCACAAGGUCUCCUGCGAAAAAGCCUGCAGAAACGGAGUGCUGGCUUAUUCACCGAGGAGUCCGUCUCCAUGUCCUUCUACACGCUGAGAGCUCUGAGCUUAGCCGGCGCGCAGCUGUACGAGGAGAACUUUCAUAAUUUCUGGAAACCGUGGCAGGAUCAACUGUCUCUAAAUGUUACUACCUGGGUUGAAGACAGCGUCUCGAAACGAUCUGAUUGCCAUGCGUGGGGUAGCGUGCCGUUGUAUGAAUUCAUGGCCGAGGUCGCUGGGUUUCGUCCUGCGCAGUCGGGAUGGGCAGUGGCCCAGUUUCGGCCUCGAUUAGGGCUCUUUAGACAGCUGAGAGCCACGGUUCCAUUGAAGAUGACAGACGGAAUUAGCACCGGCGUCGUCCAUAUUUCCUGGUCUGUUUUGGGUGGCGAGAUCGUUGUUCGCUUACAGGCGGACUUGACUGGACUCAACUCCAUCCCGGUCGAUAUCGCCCUCCCUGGUCAGGAGACCCGGAUUUCCCUGGACAAAAAUGGGUUUCGAUGGGUCAUACCGCAUAAUGAUGUCCAGCGACACGGAGCAUAGCAUCUGCCUUCUCACAUCCAUGUCUGACGGAAAAAGAAAGAAGAAAAAAGAAAGAUCACCGCGACAAAUCCUAGACAUGCAUGUGCUCUCGAUUUCUCAGCACCUAAGCCGACCCGCCUCACCUUCGGAGUCGACUAGGGUCAAUCCGGAUCAGUCUACAUGCAUACGUUGCUCUGUAUGGUCAAGCCUUGUCGAGAUCAUGACCGUGUGAAUGGAGGACAUGGCCGAAUGGGGUCAGUGCAGUAUCCAUAAUGGAUCCCGAUGAGUGGAGAAUCUGUGCAUCGCUUGUCGUCUUCCUGAUGC